GCCCAUGCUGAAAAAGAAGACGAUUACUGGGACUCUGUACUCUGGAGUGAUGAGACCAAGAUAAAUGUUUUUGGAACUGAUGACUUCAAAAGUGUAUGGCAUCGCAAAGGUGAAGAGUACAAAGAAAAAUGCAUGGUGCCUACAGUGAAACGUGUCCUUCUGUGGGGUUGGUGUCGGGGAGCUGCAUUUCAUUGAUGGUAUCAUGAAUUCAUGGGUGUAUUGCUCUACAAUGAAAGAGAAGUUUUCCAACAUGCCAAUGAUCCAAAACACAAAUCUAAGGCAACUGUUGCAUUUCUAA